AUGUACACGUGUGUGGAAUGCGACGUGGGGUGUCGUCUGACAUGGCAGACUGGGCCUCGUGGCCACUAUCCGGGACCGCGCAAACGAGAUAUUCAAGAAGGUGCACGACUUGAAGAGCAUCCGCGGGCGCAGCAACGAGGCCACAUGUGGCAACCAAUGUUGCUGGUGCUCUCAACCUCGCUCGCAUGCCCUCACAUACCCUCCCACCCUCACAUGCCCUCCUCCCCUCACAUACCGUCCUCCCCUCACAUACCGUCCUCCCCUCACAUACCGUCCUCCCCUCACAUACCGUCCUCCCCUCACAUACCGUCCUCCCCUCACAUACCGUCCUCCCCUCACAUACCGUCCUCCCCUCACAUACCGUCCUCCCCUCACAUACCGUCCUCCCCUCACAUACCGUCCUCCCCUCACAUACCGUCCUCCCCUCACAUACCGUCCUCCCCUCACAUACCGUCCUCCCCUCACAUACCGUCCUCCCCUCACAUACCGUCCUCCCCUCACAUACCGUCCUCCCCUCACAUACCGUCCUCCCCUCACAUACCGUCCUCCCCUCACAUACCGUCCUCCCCUCACAUACCGUCCUCCCCUCACAUACCGUCCUCCCCUCACAUACCGUCCUCCCCUCACAUACCGUCCUCCCCUCACAUACCGUCCUCCCCUCACAUACCGUCCUCCCCUCACAUACCGUCCUCCCCUCACAUACCGUCCUCCCCUCACAUACCGUCCUCCCCUCACAUACCGUCCUCCCCUCACAUACCGUCCUCCCCUCACAUACCGUCCUCCCCUCACAUACCGUCCUCCCCUCACAUACCGUCCUCCCCUCACAUACCAUACCGUCCUCCCCUCACAUACCGUCCUCCCCUCACAUACCGUCCUCCCCUCACAUGCCCUCCUCCCCUCACAUACCGUCCUCCCCUCACAUACCGUCCUCCCCUCACAUACCGUCCUCCCCUCACAUACCGUCCUCCCCUCACAUACCGUCCUCCCCUCACAUACCGUCCUCCCCUCACAUACCGUCCUCCCCUCACAUACCGUCCUCCCCUCACAUACCGUCCUCCCCUCACAUACCGUCCUCCCCUCACAUACCGUCCUCCCCUCACAUACCGUCCUCCCCUCACAUACCGUCCUCCCCUCACAUACCGUCCUCCCCUCACAUACCGUCCUCCCCUCACAUACCGUCCUCCCCUCACAUACCGUCCUCCCCUCACAUACCGUCCUCCCCUCACAUACCGUCCUCCCCUCACAUACCGUCCUCCCCUCACAUACCGUCCUCCCCUCACAUACCGUCCUCCCCUCACAUACCGUCCUCCCCUCACAUACCGUCCUCCCCUCACAUACCGUCCUCCCCUCACAUACCGUCCUCCCCUCACAUACCGUCCUCCCCUCACAUACCGUCCUCCCCUCACAUACCGUCCUCCCCUCACAUACCGUCCUCCCCUCACAUACCGUCCUCCCCUCACAUACCGUCCUCCCCUCACAUACCGUCCUCCCCUCACAUACCGUCCUCCCCUCACAUACCGUCCUCCCCUCACAUACCGUCCUCCCCUCACAUACCGUCCUCCCCUCACAUACCGUCCUCCCCUCACAUACCGUCCUCCCCUCACAUACCGUCCUCCCCUCACAUACCGUCCUCCCCUCACAUACCGUCCUCCCCUCACAUACCGUCCUCCCCUCACAUACCGUCCUCCCCUCACAUACCGUCCUCCCCUCACAUACCGUCCUCCCCUCACAUACCGUCCUCCCCUCACAUACCGUCCUCCCCUCACAUACCGUCCUCCCCUCACAUACCGUCCUCCCCUCACAUACCGUCCUCCCCUCACAUACCGUCCUCCCCUCACAUACCGUCCUCCCCUCACAUACCGUCCUCCCCUCACAUACCGUCCUCCCCUCACAUACCGUCCUCCCCUCACAUACCGUCCUCCCCUCACAUACCGUCCUCCCCUCACAUACCGUCCUCCCCUCACAUACCGUCCUCCCCUCACAUACCGUCCUCCCCUCACAUACCGUCCUCCCCUCACAUACCGUCCUCCCCUCACAUACCGUCCUCCCCUCACAUACCGUCCUCCCCUCACAUACCGUCCUCCCCUCACAUACCGUCCUCCCCUCACAUACCGUCCUCCCCUCACAUACCGUCCUCCCCUCACAUACCGUCCUCCCCUCACAUACCGUCCUCCCCUCACAUACCGUCCUCCCCUCACAUACCGUCCUCCCCUCACAUACCGUCCUCCCCUCACAUACCGUCCUCCCCUCACAUACCGUCCUCCCCUCACAUACCGUCCUCCCCUCACAUACCGUCCUCCCCUCACAUACCGUCCUCCCCUCACAUACCGUCCUCCCCUCACAUACCGUCCUCCCCUCACAUACCGUCCUCCCCUCACAUACCGUCCUCCCCUCACAUACCGUCCUCCCCUCACAUACCGUCCUCCCCUCACAUACCGUCCUCCCCUCACAUACCGUCCUCCCCUCACAUACCGUCCUCCCCUCACAUACCGUCCUCCCCUCACAUACCGUCCUCCCCUCACAUACCGUCCUCCCCUCACAUACCGUCCUCCCCUCACAUACCGUCCUCCCCUCACAUACCGUCCUCCCCUCACAUACCGUCCUCCCCUCACAUGCUCUGCCCCCGUUCACGUCCUCUCCCCCUCUCACAUGCUCUCCUCCCCUCACAUGCUCCCCCCCUCACAUGCUCCUCCACACUGCCACGUGUCUCUCCCUCCACCACAAGUGCAGAGAUAG